AUGUUGGUGACGGGUCUCUUCUUUUUGUACUUCUGUGCUAAUUUGAGUGGGGCAGCAGUGUAUGAUAUCUUCACUGGAGAAGCCCUCUCGGAUGAACAGCUUUCCAUUUAUCAAAAUGCAAAUCUUACGGAAACCUGCACAGUCAAUAUUACAUCUUGCGAUACCGAAGAGUUAAGACGAGUCGAUGGCUCGUGCAAUAAUAUCAAUAGACCUGCAAAAGGAGUUUCUUUGACGCCACCGAAAAGGAUUGUACUUCCAGUCUUCGAUAAUGAUUACAAUCCAAGAAAAGCGGUAUCAGGCAAUAGUUUGCCAGUAUCGAGGGAUAUUGGACAAACGAUAUUGUCUGGAUACAAACGCAAUGACUGCAAUUUCACUCAACUCAUGACAAGUUUCGGAAUGUUCAUGUUUUGGGAUGUCGGAGCUUUGAAUAAUUCACGUUGGUACCCGGGUAAUAGUACUUUGUUAAGUUACCAAGAACUUGGGUGCUCCAACGAUUCAGUUCUGACACCGGUCGUGGACGUGACGAAUGUAUUCGACUUGUCAGGGAUCUACAAUCCAGGGAACAAUGGCGACAAAGAAAUUAGAUCAUAUGUUGGAGGAGAACUAUUAGAUGACGAUGAUAUAAACGAAACCGAUUCGUCUUUGAGCGACGAAUGCGAAUAUAGGCGAUAUGAACAUUUUCCAACCAUGCCCCUAAUAUUAAUGAGGACCUGGUUUGUGAAGUACCACAACUACAUUGCUGGUCAUUUAGCUGCCCUCAAUCCAUGCUGGGAUGAUGAGAGACUGUUCAAAGAAUCAAGAGAAAUUAACAUUGCUUUUUUCCUACAAACUUUACUUUAUGAAUGGUUAGAGUUAUUCGAAGGACGUGAACAUCUAAUCAACGUUGGAAUUCUAGCAAAUGACACUGGAUUCAGGGAUAUUUAUGAUGAAACUAAAUACCCGACAGUUUCUUUAGAGUUUCUCUAUAUUUCUAGCUGGUUCUUAAGCACUCUAGAUGCUAACGCUGAGUAA